GGUCGCAUCUUCCACUAUGUGCUGACUGUCUGUAUUUACAGAAGAUAUAUACGAAAGACAAACUUUAUUUUGGAAAGUUUUUUUGAUUCCAGUGGAAUCUGUGCUUAAGCUCCCCCAUACCCUUCGCUUUGCAAGCCCCUAUCUUCCAAGUGGGACACUAUGCCUGUACAAGCUCCACAAUGGACCGACUUCUUGUCCUGUCCCAUUUGCACCCAGACCUUCGACGAAACCAUCCGGAAGCCCAUCAGCUUGGGCUGCGGGCACACUGUCUGCAAGAUGUGCUUAAACAAGCUUCACCGCAAGGCUUGCCCGUUCGACCAGACCACCAUAAACACCGACAUCGAGCUGCUCCCUGUCAACUCUGCCUUGUUACAGCUAGUUGGGGCUCAGGUAAGCAUGGUCAUACUUUUUGUGUACAUUUAAUUAUGCAUGUUUGUUCUCUAUUACGGUUGUAGUUAUUUUUUUACGAAGGAACAAUCUAACUAAAACAUUUUUUACUUGAGAUCAACCGAAUCUGAUUUGUUUCACUGCCCAAGGAUUUUCAUUCCAAUGGUGUUUAAACUUUGAACUAUUGCGCAUGUUGUUCCUAGUCUACUUGUGAGAGAAAAACAAGUAGCAAGAGAGGUGAAAAUGGACAACAGCUCAAUUAGCCUGUCCUUCGGUGGAUCCCUGCUCAGAUCUCAAGCUGGUUUUAGCUAAUCUAUGUCAGGUUACCUUAUGUAUCAAUCAGGAGCAUGUCACAGGCUGGCACCUAGGGACACUCCUACUAACUUUCAGCUUGUCCCUAGCGAUUUUCACGCCAGCCGCAAUAAACCCACCUCCUUUUAUGACACGACUAAUGAGCACCGACAUCAUGACACUAAGAACUAGAACAUUUUAGGGGCGUAGUUACCUACCUAACUGAACACAGUGUUUAAAGAGAAACCAGGGAGAGACUCAUUGUCCUGUUGUGGUUCUUGUUUGACCCAUGAGCAUGUAUUCCGUAUUGGUGUUCUUGUAUUAUUUCUUUGGCUUCGUUUGACUAUUCCUCCUUUUGUGUUCCUAUGACCUCGGCUAUUGCAUUAUCGUUGAUCCUGAUUUCUUGUACCUCUGCCUCUGCUCGCUGCUUGACUAUUCUUUGUGUGUGUCGUGUUAGUCCAGCCAUCCUAAGGUCCGGUAUAUAUUACUAGUAUUUGCAUUCUGCAUGUAGGAUUCCCGAUCGUUCCUGACAAUCUAGUUCCAUGAAAGAGAGAACAUACCUGAAGCAUAUCAGACUGGUCCCACCCGUACGGGCAGUCCAGAUCCGAAAUGCCAGCAAAUUUCCUCACAGCAACCCCAGACAAUCGUUUCAACCUUGUGAGGUAUCAUUAGUGAAGUAUAGCCAAUAUCCCUCUAGGCACCGUGAGCAAGGGGUCCACGUCUGGAUUGCCCUUUAAACUUAAGGAGAGAAAAAUAAGUAGCAAGAGAGGUGCCAUGACAUAGAGAACAUAUCUGAAGCAUAUCAGACUGGUCCUACCCGUAUGGACAGUCCAGAUCCGAAAUACCAGCAAGUUCCCUCUGCACGAGGGAACUGCUUGUGACACAAAUAGUUCACUAGUGACUGAAACACAUUUCAAAACAAAAUCAGACCAGCUAACUUGCAUGUAUUGAGACAACACUAGUGUGUCUAUGCUGUUUGUUUCAGAAUUGUACCCAUGCAUCACAACUGUGCUUCACUAGCUAGUGAACCACAUCAAAGACAGGGUGAAGCUUGAUACUGUAUAUUUGAAGUUCACAUUCUUCCAUUUUUUGAAUGACUGUUGGUCACUUGAGAGCUGGAUACAGCUAUUGUACACAGUAUCUUGUGUCACAUGUGACUCUGGGAAGUUUACAGCGGUUUUCUAGUUCCCAGAGGUUCCAGAAGCAGAGCAGUAUGUACUCCGCUACACAGAGCUACAUUUUCAGCAAGUACUGAAUAGCGCAGCAUCUUGGUAGCUGUCACUCUAGGAAUGAGUGACGUAAAUUUGCUAUAGUGUAAAUUGCGGGAGGGUAAAGCUGUGCACAUACACCAGCAAGUGUUGACACACAAACUGUCAUUCCACACAUACAGACCCCUGCAAUCACACUUGCAUUGACACUCCAUGCAAAUUCUCCUCCAUUCAAAGGUAUACAUUCCAGACUGUGAAUCAAAAACAAGAUGCCUUCUGUGUAAAUUUAUUUUCGUGACUACAUUAGGACAUACAUUUUUUUUGAUCCCUACAAAUAGAGCUUUUUGACAAUAAACACCAGGGAUGUUUGGCGCACACAGAGAGGUAGCCACGUGAAAAAGCACACACAAUUAAAUAUGGUUGUGGCUCUUUAAUGUUUUGGGGCCUUUAUUCUGCCAUAGGACCUGAACAUUUUGUUAGAGUCCAUGAUGCCAUGUAUUCUAUCAAAUAUCAACAGAUAUUAAAUAAACUGUCUUUAUCAGAAUGUUUAAAACGGGCUGUGGUUGGAUCUACUAGUAGGACAAUGAUCCAAAACCAAAGCAUACAUCAAAAUCAACACAAACAUUGUUUACUGACCACAAAAUCAAGGCUCUGCUAUGGCCAUCCCAGUCCCCUGACUUAAAUCCCAUAGAAAACCUCUGAGGUGAACUGAAGAGGAGAGUCAAUCAGCAUUGACCUUAAAAUUGUAAGGGUCUGGAGAUAGUCUGUAUAAAGGAAUGGUCUUUGAUCCCUCACCAUGUAUUCUCCAAAUUCAACAGGAUUUAUAUGAGAAGACUUAGAGCUGUUAUCUUUGCAAAGGGAGGUAGCACAAAAUAUUGACUAAACAAUUUUUAGCUCAUAUUUUCCAAGGGUGCCUAUAUUAGUGGAGGGCAAUGUACAUACAAAAUAAAUUCCCUUUCAAUCAUAUGUGACAACACAUCGUGUUUACUUACUAAUUUUAUAUUUCCUGCACUGUUAAUUAAACGGAAAUUGCACACAGGGAGCUCUUGCAGACUCUAGCAAGCCAUUAUCAGAGAAAGAGAUACAAAAUUCUAAAUUAAACACACUGCAAUAAAGGGUAAUUAGGGUAAACUUGUUUUGGUGCUUUUAGUGUCCCUUAACAACAAAGGGGCUUUUUGUGUUUUUAGUUUAAGUAAAUGGCACAAAUGUAAGUAUAAGCAUUAGUCAUAGGGUCAAACAAUUUGACAAGUAAAUCAAGCCCACUCAAAUUUAUUUCAUGUGUGAAGGUAGUAUUCCCCCCCUCAUAUAUUUAUUUAUUUUUAAAUAAGCCAUCUCAUAGACAACAUUGAGAAAUCUCCUAAAAGUAACUUAAUUUUUUUUGUUGUGUGUGUAUGUACUGGCCAUCAUAAAUGCUCUUCCCAACCAUGGUAUCUUAAAUACCGCAUAUACUCGAGUAUAAGACAAGUUUUUCGGCACAUUUUUUGUGCUGAAAACCCCCACUCGUGUUAUACGCGAGUCAAUGUCUGUAUUAUGGCAAGUUACAUUGCCAUAAUACAGACCAGGACCGCCGGGCUCAUUACAAGCCCGGCGGUCCUGUUGGGGGCUGGCAGAGAGCUGUAACUUACCUUUCCUGCAGCUCCUGUCCGCUCCCUUCUCUCUCCUCCGGUCCGGUCAGCUCCCUUGCAAGUCUCGCGAGAGCAGUGGGGUCAGAUCGUUGUCACACCGUGAGACUUGCAAGGGAGCUGACUGGACCGGAGGAGAGAGAAGGGAGCUGACAGGAGCUGCAGGAAAGGUAAGUCACAGCUUCCUGCCAGCCCCCCUCCUACACAGCCCAUCCACUGGACAACCAGGGAGUGAGAGCCACCCUCCCUGGCCAUGUAUCAAGCAGGGAGGGGGGUGGGGGGGAAGAAAAUAAAUAAAAAAAUUAAUAAUAUUGAAAUAAAAAAAAUAUUAAUUUAAAAAAAAUAAAAAUGCCCACCCCCCACCAAUGCUCUGAAUUCAUACACACACUGCAUUCAUAUAUACACACACACACACUGCAUUCAUACACACACACACACUGUAAAUAAAUAUUAAAUUAAUAUAAUUUUUUGGGGGAUCUAAUUUUAUUUAGAAAUUUACCAGUAGCUGCUGCAUUUCCCACCCUAGUCUUAUACUCGAGUCAAUAAGUUUCCCCAUUUUUGGGGGGUAAAAUUAGGGGUCUCGACUUAUUCGGGUCGACUUAUACUCGAGUAUAUACGGUACUUAUGUAUUGAUACUAAUGACAAUAUUAAAGGGAUCCUAUAGUGCCAGGAAAACAAACCUGUUGGAGUGACCCCCUCCCUUAAAACCCCUUCAGCCACUUACCUUAAUCCGGCGCUGGUGACCUCUCCUCCCCCACCGACAUCAGAUCCCAAGUGGAGCCAUGUGCACGGCCAGAGAUGUGCGCGCAUUCAAACCCGCCCGUAGGAAAGCAUUACUAUGGGGAUCGUAUUUGACUCUGGACUCCGUAAGCACGUCCAGCGUCAAAUAAGUGCGAUUUACUCUGUGUAAAUUGCUGAAGCGCCCCUAGUGGCUGUCAGGGAGACAGCCACUAGAGGCUGGAUUAACCCUGCAAUGUAAACAGCAGUUUCUCUGAAACUGCUAUGUUUUCAGCUGCAGGGUUAAAACAAGGUGGACCUGGCACCCAGACCACUUCAUUGAGCUGAAGUGGUAUGGGUGCCUAUAGUGGUUAAUAUUUUAUUUAUUCUGUUGUGAGCUUUCAGAGUAACUGCACUGUUUCUUAGAUAAUGCUUAGCAUCACUUUGGGAAACAUACUUUUGUUUUUUCUCCGAGGGAUUCACUGCUAUAUUUGUCUUGUUACAUAAGUUGGUUUGGGUGAGGGGCCCUCUAGUAAGCCUAAAUGUACAUUCAGACCACCUACAUACUCCACAGUCCUCUUCUUUAUGUGUACGUUAGGUUGGCGUGACGCCUACGCAUACAGUUUUAGAACCGUUAGAGCUUUUCCCUUUUUUUUUUUUUUUUUUAAAGGCCACUGUGAGAAUGGCAUUUCUUUCCCUUCUCUAAAUUUGUCACACAUUUGUCUGUCAUGUUCCUUUUCUAGGUUGCAAAAUAGAAAUAAGCCAAGUGAUAUGAGUAGGUUUUUUUGUUGUUGUUUUUUCAUUCAUUGUGACAAACUGUAGUGCACUUUUAAAGGUUUUAAUCACAAAUGCAUAACAAAAUAACUUUGUAAAAUGUCCACAUGCGUUUCUAAAUUUAGUGGUGCAAAAUGUCAAGAUAGAUAUCAGAGAAUGGUGUGGUGCUGCAAUAUUCUAAGUAAAAAUAUCAUGUGGCAUAUAUGUAAUACAACUACAGUCCAGCUCCACAUACCAGUCGAGGGAAUUCAUUUCUAAAAACAGAGCAUUAAUAGAUCACAGAUGCACUGUAUGGACAAAAGUAUUGGGAUAUAUUUUUUAAUUAUUCAGUUCAGGUGUUUCAGUCAGACCCAUUGCCACAGAUAUAUAAAAUCAAGCUCCUAGCCAUGCAGUCUGCAUUUACAAACAUUUCUGAACAAAAUGGUAGUUCUGAAGAGUUCAGUGAAUUCAAGCUUGGUACUGUGAUAGGAUGCAACCUUUGCAAUAAGUCAGAUUGUGAUAUUUCAUCCCUGCUAAUCAACGCUGUGCUGAUUCUAUAGCCUAGGAGUUCCAUAGUUCCACUAGCAUUAAUAUCAGCGGCCGGAGCUACAUGGAAUGGGUUUCCAUGGCUGAGCAGCUGCAUGUACGCCUCAUGUCUCCAAGUACACUGCCAAGCGUUGGAUGAAGUGGUGUAAAGCACACGGCCACUGGACUCUGGAGCAGUGGAAACAUGUUCUGUGGAGUGACAAAUUACACUCCUCUGUUUGGCAGUCUGAUUGGAGAGUCUGAAUCUGGAGUAUUGCAAGAGAACAUUAGCUAACUGACUGACUGCAUUGUGCCAACUGUAAAGUUUGGUAGAGGAGGUAUAAUGGGGCUAUUUUCAUAGGUUGGGCUUCCAGUGAAGGCAAAUCUUACUGCUUCAGCAUACCAAGACAUUUUGGACAAUGCUAUGCUUCCAAUGUUGUGGGACCAGUUUGGGGAAGUCCAUUUUCUCUGAUUGUGCCCCAGAGCACAAAGCAAGGUCCAUAAAGACAUGGUUAGAUGAAUAUGGUGUGGAAGAAUUUAUUUUUAUUUUUAUUAUAUAUAUUUAGUUUUUAUUGAGAUUUUUCACUUAUGACAGACAUUGUACAUUUAGAACAUAGGUAGUUCAUUAUGUCAUGAAUGGUGCGAUAUGCUUGGUUUGGUAAAGCCUGGCUAUUUAAGUUAACAAUGUGCAGUACUGGUUAUCAGAGCUGUGUGCCCCCACUUUAUUCCAUAUGUGUGAUGUGGUCUCUUCAUCUGGUUAUUUGGAACGAGUCAGGGGCCGUUAUGGUAUUUUUAUAUGUGGUAGGGGUAUCAUUUCCAUGUCUUCGUGUUAGUGCUGGGCGGUACAAUCUCUGUCUCCCUCGUGCUAAGCUACGGUGGUCGUGCGUCUGAGGUUUGGCAGUGGCUGUCCGUAUGUAUCUUGAAUGCAUGGUCUGUUCGUGGUUGGGUUUGUUGUGUUCUGGCCCGUCUCGAUGAAAUGUGUUCUGGGUGGGUGUUGCUUCCGUGGUGUCGUGUGUGUGCGUGGCUUGAGCUCCUGCAUUUGCGUGUGUGGUGUGUGUCGUCCUGCCGUGGUGUGUUUUUCUGGUUCUGUGUUCUAAGUGUGUUAAUUAUAAGUGUGUUCGGUGUUGCAUGUACUGUCUGUUGCUCUGUAGUUCACUGGGGAGUCCAUUCUUUUUAGCUCUUUACUUUCCGUACCUGUAAUCUGUCACUGCACUUUUCUAUUCGGCUCGUAGUGAGUCAUAUUGGUGUGGUUGUUUAGGUUGCGCCCCCCGUCACCUCCGUUCAGCUCACUCUCUGUUGGAGUGGGAAGGGUCAGGUGGGGGAUGUGGAAGAAUGUGACUGGCCCGCACAGCGCCUUGAUCUGAACCCCAUUGAACACCUUUGUGAUUAAGUGGAACGAAGAGUGUGAGCCAGCUCUUCUCGUCCAACAUCAGUGACUGAAAAGUGGUGACCAACUCCAUAUUAAUAUGGAUUUAGAAUGCGAAGUGAUGAGUCCCUGUUGGUGUAAUGGUCAGGUGUCCUAAUACUUUUGUCCAUAUAGUGUAUGUUUUAUGUUCCUCAGGAGUCUGCAGAUCUCAUUUAGUGAGAUCCUACCUGCAGGUUAGCUGGAUGGCAAAAGCAAUCUUUGCAGUGAGGGAUAAAUAGUUGGUUUGAAUAGUAAGGCUUUUGGUCUUAUAACCAUUUCAUCUCAUUUAAUUGGUUAUUGUGCCUGGUUUCACCAGGUGUUGUCCCUCCAUUCAGUGUUACACUAUUUUCCAGCAGUUUGACACUGAAUGAGGGUCCCUGGCCACCCACAUUCCGGUGCCUUAUGGAGGUGUGGCUAAACAGACUAUUACAAACUUCAUUCUAGCCAUAGCAAUUCAUAACAACACUGGGGGUUGUCUUGGGCUAAAAGCAGUCAGCUGGCACACUCAUCCAUUCACAGUCACCUAUUGCUGCUUAGGCUAAUGCUGCCUCAUUAUCCCAAGGAACACAGGGGAUGGGUUGCAGUGAUCUGUUGGCAUUAAAAUAUUAAAAAUGUUUUUUUUGCUGAUGGAAGUAUGGAUCCAGGGAACUCCAGACACUGCAACCACUUAAAUGAGAUGACCCAGUCACAAUGCCUAUAGUGACCCUUUAACAUUAUGUUUCCCAUGAUAGAUUUUACCCUCUAUGCCUUCAGUAAUAGAGCUAUACUAGCUCUAAAAAGUGUGAAUGUUCAUUUGGCACUAUAAUUUUAGUUAAGUUCUAAUGUGCUGCACUAUAUUUUUUUUCUUUUUCUCUGUCUAUACAUCCUGCGAAAGUUUCCUCCACUUUUUGUAUGUAAAUCUCCAUUGUAUUUUCACUAUGCGCAGUUCACCACUUUGUAUAUAUUUGCUUGCUUUUCACAAGGUUGUGGGACCUCCUUGAAGGUUGAUUGUUGCUGCUAAUUAGAUAGUGCCUUAUCACCUAUUCCUGAGAAUGGAUUACAGCAGGGGUUUAUGAAAAUCACUUUUAUUAUUAUUUUAUUAUUUAUAUAGUGCCAUCAAAUUCCGUAGCGCUGUACAAUGAUACAGCUGUAAGCCAGACCUUUAGAUCUCUCCACCAGGAAGCCUUUAAUGCCAAGUUUUUGUUUGUAUCAAAAUUAUUUAUGUGGUAUAACUUGAACUUGAGCUAUUUCCUUCCUGGAUAGAGAGUGCGUUCACAGACUGUGUCUCUGCUGAUUGACACAUUUAGUGCAGCUCACUAAGCUGAUUAUGUAGAGUGAUAGCAGCUGUGGUAUGACUGUUCUCACUUUACAAAGCACUUCUACUCAUCCUAAAUGAGUGCCACUGCUUCGGUGAUAUUAUUUAUUUAUUUAUAAAAUAUUUUACCAGGAAAUAUUAAACCACUAGUCCCUUAAACACCUGCUGGACAGGAGCUUGUAAGGCAAGAAAAGACUCCAUAGGUUUAAGUGUCUCUUGUUAAUCAAACACGGGUCUGCCUGUAGCCAAAGGCAGACCCACUAACAUUUUCAUCUGCAAGGAAAUUUGUUUUUGUUUUGUUUUUUUAAUAGUUUUUAAUGCAUUAUCUAUGAAAUGCAUUGAAAAUUGCAUAAUUUUCCCUAUAGUUUCCUUUUAUUACUGCUGAAUUAGCGUCAAAACAAUACACAAAUAUGUUGUAUCACCAUAAGAACUUCAAGGUAGAUUACCAUGUUCAUGCUGUGUUAUGUAAGUAUCACAACAGUUGUUUUGCCAUGGUGCCUAUUGAGUGUAAAUCAGUCAUCUUGCUGUUGCUGGAGAACAGCCCUAUGAGUAGUAAUUAAAGAAGAUUCAGGUGAGGAUUGAUUGAGAUUUGAAAGUCAAUUCGAUAUCCAUAACUGUUGGAAAGUUUGGGUAUGAGUCAAGACCAAAUGGCAACUGUAUUUGAUAUUCAGUGGCCUUUCUUACCAGGUUUGCUGUGCUUGAGCUACAUUCUCAGGUUUUGCUAUAACUGCUUUCCUGUUCUAGAAUUUUCAAAUUUGCCUUUUUUUUUCUCCCCCAGGUACCUGAGCAACAGCCGGUCACUCUGUUUGGCGGGGCCGAAGACAACAAGCACUAUGAGGAGUCCAAGAAGUGUGUUGAAGAGUUGGCACUGUACCUGAAACCCCUGAGUACUGCCAGAGGUAAGAGAGGCAAAAUAGUAGUCAUAGGAAAUGUCCUUUUAUACUGAAUGAAAAUUAACAACAAACAUUAUUCACAAAAUGGAGUUUACUCAUCUGAUUGGGUUGUAUGGUUUUUCCAAUGAAGGGUGAACAUAAUCCAUUGUAAUUCACUGCGGGAAUCAAAAAUUUGUAGUCCAACAGUAUGGGAAGGUUGGGCUACUAAGUACAGAAGUUCAGUUGUAUAUGUUUGUGCUUUUUGCGGUGUCAUUAUGACACUUUAAAGUAUUUCAAUAUACGUGCCUUUAUUUAUAAAAGUUAAAACUAGGGUUUUCCAGGCACUCUAGCUCCCUUUGGUCACUUACUUGAGUCCAGCUACGAUGUCUCUUAGCAGUGGCUCGGGCUCCUCCGCCAGCGGGGGAGACUCAAUGCACAUGCGCAGCAAUGGCCGCACUUGCAUUAGUACUUCCCCCACCGCUUUCCUAAGGUGUUUUGAGUGACGCUGGAUGUCCUCAUGCAUACCAUGAGGACGUCCGGUGUCAGGCAACCAUAAAUCCCCUAACAACCUGGAAGCCCCUCUAGUGGCUGUCUGGUAGAAGUGGAGUUAACCCUCAAAGGUAAUUAUUGCAUGUCUUAGCAGCUAAUCAUUCACAAUAAUCCAUGUAUUUUGCUAUUUAUGUAGUAGUGACAGAUAAAUAUAUUUUCCUUUAUGAUGUAUAUUCUUUUUUGCUUCUUUUUUUAUCCAGGAGUUGGCCUAAACAGCACUGCUCAGAGCGUGUUGAGCCGCCCCAUGCAAAGAAAGCUUGUGACACUCGUGCAUUGCCAGCUGGUGGAAGAGGAAGGACGUAUUCGAGCAAUGAGAGCAGCCCGCUCGCUGGGAGAGAGAACCGUCACAGAACUGAUACUUCAACAUCAAAAUCCUCAACAACUCUCAUCCAAUCUCUGGGCAGCAGUUCGUGCACGCGGCUGUCAGUUCCUAGGACCAGGUGCGGCACUCAACUCAAUUUAAUCUGUCUGUGUCUUUAAAGAGGCACUAUAGGCACCACUAUUAUUAUUAUUAUUAUUAUUAUUGGUAUUUAUUUUUGCCAGUUUAUUCUGCCGCGAUUUACUAACCUCUUAAUCUCAUUGGCAUUGUUAUGGUGCCUUGAAUCUCCUGUUCACAGCUCACAUUUCAUUGUCGGGUUUAACAGUGAAUCACUGAGCAAUGCCAAGGAGCAUAACUACUUCAAUGAGAUGAAGUGAUUAUGGCAAGUAGAUUAUAUUUUUAAUGUUUUUUGCACAGUCUUAAUUAUUUAAACUUUGUAUUUGUGUUCAGCCAUGCAGGAAGAGGCCCUGAAGCUUGUCCUCUUGGCUCUAGAAGAUGGAUCUGCUCUUUCGCGAAAAGUUCUGGUUUUGUUUGUGGUGCAGAGACUGGAACCACGCUUCCCGCAAGCCUCGAAAACUAGCAUUGGGCAUGUUGUCCAGCUGCUAUACAGAGCCUCCUGCUUUAAGGUACUGAUUUUGCUUGUCUCACUUGAUUUUUCUAUUGAUUAAUGAGUGCCAUUUUAUUAGAACUUGUAUGUUAAGAACAUCUUAUGUUUUGGAAAUAUAGUCACAUUGUGACUGCAACUCCAUUCAUAUACAGGAAGCAAUAUUCAGAACAUUUAUAACAUGAUCUAUGGAACUUUGCCCUUUUUAUAACUUUUGAUCGAGAUAUGGUAUUUUUAGCCCCUGCAUUGUCAUCCAGUAAUCCCAGGCGUUUAACAGAGAAUGGUAAAAUAAAUAAAAAUUACAGUGAGAAAUAGUUCAGUUGGUAAAAGUAAAAAAAUAGAAAAAUAAAAGAAUCAUAGCCAGAUUUGCCCAAGCUAGUAGAAAGGAACAUCAGUAUUAUUGCAGUAUUUUUUUCUAAUAUAUCAUUAUAACAAGUAUUUUCAUAGUCCUUUUCUUGUUGUGUUCCAGUAUUCUCAAGGGCUAGAAUAUAUAAAAUGUUUUGAGUAAUGGUGGAUACAACCUUAUCCUUCUUUUGCCUCAUUGAAAAUAUGUGCAUUUUAUUUAUUAUUUCAGGUCACAAAGCGUGAUGAAGACUCUUCCCUAAUGCAGUUGAAGGAGGAAUUUCGCACUUACGAAGCACUGCGCCGAGAGCAUGACUCGCAGAUUGUGCAGAUCGCUAUGGAGGCCGGCCUGCGCAUAGCUCCUGACCAGUGGUCCUCCCUCUUAUAUGGGGAUCAGUCUCACAAAUCUCAUAUGCAGUCCAUUAUUGAUAAGGUAACCGCCUCUUUCCUCUCCUUGCCUACAUUGGCAUGACUUAUUUGUGGCAUUCAGAGAAAACCAAUAGGAAUUUGCUGAAUUGAAUGUGCUUAAGCAUUCGCCCUUUAGCUUAAUGAACAGAUAUACAUAUUAUUACCCAGCGAGCUGUUGCUUCUAGUAGCUUUUUAAUAGCUUAAUUUAUGUUCUAAUUCCCAUCCCAAUUACUUUGAGUGAAGUUACAAGCAGCAUAUUAAAAGGGCACUGGAUGACGGAGCAACAUUUAUUAUAGUGCUUUGUGUUGCUUUAAUGGUAAAAAUUUUUUCUUAUGUUUAGUACUCCAUACUCUCUUAGAGAGAGACUUAUUUUGAAGCACAGUGCCUGUGCCCAGCAUGUUUAUCAGGCACCAAUUCUAGUUAAUUUAUUACAAGAAAGGUUUUGUUAAGUUGCAGACCCCGGCCUCGUUUGCUCAGAGUGUCCAGGAACUGACCAUUGCACUGCAAAGGACUGGAGACCCUGCUAACCUCAACAGGCUACGGCCACACCUGGAACUGCUCGCAAACAUUGAUCCAAGCCCAGGUAAGAACACACCAGAUUCUUUGAUGUUCUUUGCGAAAUCUGAAGACUGUGAAGUUUGUUGCUUUCAGCCCUUGAAUAUAUCAUUUUAGAAUGCACUAUUCCAUAAACAUGUAAUUUUUACAUUUUUCCUAUUAGUGUUGAUGUUAAUUGAAAAAACAAUAUUACUAUUAUAUCAUAUAUUAUUGCAGAGGGGCUUGAUAGCGUUCUUUCUAACAUUAUAGGGUUCCUUUAAUAUUUUUAUUUAUUGUCUUCUUGUAGCUCUCAUUACCUGCUUUGUCUGAAAUACAAAUAAUUUCUAAUGCAUAUCACAUGAUUUAAAAUUUCCACUUGCGACUGGCGAGUGAAAAAUGUAGCUCUGAGGAGUGUGCUUAAACCCUCUCCUUCAUUUACUGCUGUUUAUACAGUUUGUAUAACUAAUAUUCACAGCUUCUCAGGAUUGAGGUUGAACAACCAGUAGCUACAUUUUGGAUGUAUAUUAAGUUGUGCUAAAAUUGAGGAAGUAAUAGUUCCUCUUUAAGAAUCGGUAAGCAGCUCUGAACCCACCCAUCCUUUUGUCACUUCUCUUGCCCUCCAAGUGACUAGUGGAAUUUUUAAAUUUCAUUAUUUUCUUAAUUCCUUUUUCUGGCUCUUGGGAAUAGACAGAGCAAUGCUUGACUACGACAACGGUUAAACAAAAGAGUGGAGGCCCCAAUAGAUGCAACUUGAGUUUUUUGUUGUUUUUUAACUCCUACCUUUAUUAUCUAUUUCACUGUGUAGCUGACUGUUUAAAGCUCUGCAGAGAUUCUGAAAAUUAUUUAUUUAGUCUUCAACCAGUCCUCACUCAACAUGCACUGUGCUAGGAGUACUUCAAACCCUGGAACAAACAGACUGCAUGCUUUUCAGACAUCCCAAGACUCUCAGGACACAGAGAGAACUCCUCACUCCUCUUCUCCCAUUAUGUUAAUGGAACAUAGUUAACUUUUAAACUGAGAUUAACUUUUGCCUUGCGUACUACUAUUAAGACCAUUUUAUUUGUGUUAUGGUAAUAAAAUUGUAAAUGUAUUGCAGAAAGGUUAUUUGGAAUUCUUUUUACUUCAUUUAACUUUGCUGCUACAUUACUGGCAAAGUGGUAAAGGCUACAAAUAUGGAGUUCACAUGCAACUUUAACCUUCAACUUCAAGUAUUCCUUGUGUGCUUGGAAUUGUUAGGUGUUAUGCAGGUCAUUAGGAGUCAGGUUGACUACAUGCUUGUACAAUGCUGUUGCCCUUUCCUUUUCACCAGUCUGGCUGCAAAAGGUGGUUUGCAGUGGGGGGAGUAACUUCAAGCUUGCCUAGUACCGUAGGACUUGAAAUUCAGAAUCCUGGAAUUACUACUGAACUUCUAAUUAUCUGAAUGCAAGUUAUAACCUUGGAUUACUGAUCCAUUAAGAGCAUUUUGUUCUUUUAAUUUCUUUGUCCAAGUUUUGACAUUAGUGGUGUUCCCUUACAGAUGCUCCACCUCCAACAUGGGAGCAACUUGAAAAUGGUCUGGUAGCAGUGAAGACUGUGGUGCAUGGGCUGGUGGAUUACAUCCAGAAUCAUAGCAAGAAGGGGACUGACCAGCAGCAGGUGAGCGAGGCGAGGCACUACCUCAUGUCUCAGGUACCCAGCUAAACUAUGUUUCAAACCAUUGCACUUUGGGGAUUGAUAAUGAGCUAGUUACACUUGCUGUGGUGAAGGAAUAAAAUGGGCACAUUUUCAUUUGUUGUUAUGUUACACUUAUCACUAUUAAUUGAAUGUUUUUGGUGUAUCGGUAUUUGGCACACUGUACAGAGAAAUGACUGAUCGAAGUGUUGGAAGUAGCAAGUUGUUUGAUCCUGGCCUCAUUAUUUCCUCUUGUUUUUAUAUGUAAUAUUUUCCAAUAUCUGUAGCAUCACUCUGGUCUAGUCUGUCCAAACAUUCUUUCCCUUUCUAUAAGAUUUAAACAUUCCUUCAUUUUGUUUUCUCUUCAUCACCAGUAAAGGAGCACUCUGGGCACCAUAACAACUUAGUUGGAUUAAAGUUAUGUGCGUAGCGGUCCCAGUUUCCUGCUUACCCUCAGGAAUUAAACAAACGGUUUAACCCAGUUUUCAGCACUCUGAAGCCUGUAAGCUCCUGUCCCCUCACUUCCUUCCUAGCCCAAGGCUUCAAUAAGGGAGUCUUGAACCAGGCACCGUUGAUAAGUAUACACCGUCAGCUGACUCUCUCAGCCUAUCCGUAGCUUCCCUUUCACAGAUCAGAAAGGAAAAAGGUACUUCUGAUACGGUUAUGGUACCUAGAGUGGUCCUUAAAUCUACCUUUAUUUAUUUUUUUUCAGUGUUUCUCUUUUCCGUGUCUUUUUCUCCAUUUGUCUGUUGCUAAACCAUGCUGAACGGUUUUGUUUUUUUCUACAGGUGGAUUACCUGUCAGAUUAUUAUUAUUUUUUUUAAACCCUAGAAAUUUCAAAAUACAUAGGCUUAAAAUUUAGCAUUUUAAUGUUGCUUCUUUUUGGUACACUGUCCAAACUUGCGUGAGUGUACAGAGCACAAGACGGCAAAUGUCCUUCUUCAGUACACAGUACAAGUUCAAACGGAAAUUGCUAGGCUGCAACUCAUCCUUACAUUGCUGCUAUAAAUGCUUAUUCAUAGAUUGAAUUAAAUAUCAGUUUGGAUUGGUGGUUUUGCCCUUCAAAUUGGCCACUUUAGUAGUACUCAGAUUUUUUUUGAUGUACGCAUAACGCUUUUUUAAACGUGUAAAUUGCUUUACCUUUCUAAAUGUUUAUAAAUGUUGUAUGUUGCUCACUAAAAUGUAACAGUAUUAUUAACUGUAAUUUGGUGGAAUGACAAAAUUGUUCCUUUUGUGUUUGUGUGCCUUUUCCAUCCAUCAUAAAAACAUGAAUGACCACCAUUUUAAAUACAUAUUCUGUUCAAAGAAAUGAACAUACUUGUAGAUGGCAAUAGUGAUAUGUGAAUGAAUGGUUGCAAUACUUAACUGUCUGCUUUCGUGUUUGUUUUAGCCUCCCCAGCACAGCAAGUACAAGACUUAUAUGUGUCGAGAUAUGAAACAGAGGGGAGGAUGCCCCCGUGGGGCAAGCUGCACCUUUGCUCAUUCUCAGGAGGAGUUGGAAAAGUAAGUGGACUUGUUGGGGCAAGUGUGCUGCCCUUUAUUCUUCUUAAAAAUGUGUUGCGAUAACACACUUUUAAUUCGUGAAAAAUGUGCUUGUGGCAAGUGCACUGUUGUAUUAAUGUAGUCAUUCCAUAUGGAUUGUAUCACACGUAAGGUGCGAUAGUGACUCAAAGUGCAGCCAUCCAUAACUCUCAGGCAUUCCGUAGUACAGUUUGCGGCAUGCACUUGAUACAAUCCCUGGCUUUCUAUGCACUAGAAGUUCAAUAUAUAACAUAAAUGUUUUGGAAAAGUUCCAGACGUAGAGUCAGCAGGAGAAUGGUUUUUGGUUUCCAUGGCAUUUGUUCCAAUUUUAGAAUCCACCACAUUUACUCUUUCUCUGUAACGCCUGCUGAUGGUUGAAACAUCAGGCUUUCUAUAGUGUGUUUACCUUUUUACACUUGAAGGUGUAUGUGCUGUUACCUGGUUUUAUUGAUUUAUACAGUUACAACUAGAAACAAAAUCUGCUUUGUAGUCAAUUUUUGGUUAUUUCUCUUUUCAUGUUUAUACAAGUUUGUGUAAAUAAUUUUUCUUUUAUGUGAUUGAUGAGCCCUUAAGGGAUAUACAAGUUCCCACUGAUAAAUCGUGGCAAACACUUCUCGAUUUGCUUUUUGAUGAAACUGAUCUCUAUUUUGUAGGUUUCGUAAAAUGAACAAACGGUUGGUUCCUAGGCGGCCCCUGAGUGCCUCUCUUGGUCAGCUGAACGAAGUGGGGCUUCCUUCUGGGACAAUACACUCAGACGAGGGGCCAAUGGACCUACCGACCCGCAAGCAAACUGGCCUUCCCAAUGGCAUUGUGACUGGAGGCUCUGUGACACAGCUCAUCUCCAGGGGAACAGACUCCGGCUUUGAAUCAGUCCUGAAGCCAGUAAAAUUGGAUCACCUAAGCAACAGUGCACCAGGUUCCCCUCCAGAGUUGUAUGUAUCUAUUUUUUGAGAAUUGUUUCUUUGAUUUGUUGACAAUAACCAUUAAAAUUGUGUUACUAGCUGGAACAUGCAACCCCUCCUUAUUAAGAAAGCAGCAUGAUAUUCUUUUCUUCUGCUUCAUAUUAUGGCCAUUGAAGUCACCCCAGAUGUUAGGAAAAAAAGAAAGUAGGGGGAGCUCUGCUCUUACAUUAACAUGGUACCCCAGACAAUGCAUUGACCAUGUAUUUGAUAAAUCAAUGUUUAGAGUGGGCAUACACAACUUUUAGCACUGUUCAUACCAAAUGAACUGAUAGAUUACAUUGCAUGCCGUUAACUUUUAUUUACACGCAUUACAGAAAUUAGACUUCUUGUUGUAAUCUUUAGAUAAUCCAGACCUGUUUUAUUUUUCUUAAUCUGCUCCAGAUUGGAUUCUGUUCCGAAAACUCCCAUUGCUGCCUUACCUGGCAAUUCCCACCAACAACCUCCUCGUGUUUCUGGAGAUAUGCAACAACUGCCUGUGUCUAAACAGUUCCAGAUGGUGCCACGGAGCUCCCAAAUUUAUGCUCCUCCACAGACUGAUAUGCUAUACCAAGAUCCUCGUGGAAGUGGCCCCCCAUUUGAAGCUACCUACCCUCAAAGUAAUUAAUCUAAUUUUCUAUUUAUAACGUCUUUUUUCAUUACUGUGUUACAUGACCCUUAGUGGAGCAGCAAUGCAGAUCUAUUAUGAGGUCUAAUUAAUUCGGUUUCAGCAGUCAUUGAAGCACCAUUUCUAUGCGCUCUUUUAUCUCCCUUUACCUGCACCAUGCUAAUUAAGUUCAUGUGUGAAUACUGCACACUGUCCUACAUCCAUAUAUUUGGAGGUGUGGAGAAGGAACGGGUAGGAGGCUGUGCCAGAAGGUGCAGUAACAGUGGUGAAGGAGAAGGUCUGUCUAUGUAUUGGUUGAACCUGAAUGAAAAGUGUCUGCAGUGUGUGCAUGGCAAACUCUCUAACCAUUUCUCUAGCAAAGCUUCACCACCCAGAAUGCCAUUGAAGCUCUUUGAGCUUGACCUGAGGGUCCUGAGAAUAUUCUUUACUGUGUGUGUCUAUGGAUGCACUCACACUUAUAUGGGCACCUUUCCCUGAUGUCCCCAGAUGCAGGACAUCAGGGAACAAGCCUGGGAGAUUUGACAGAACCCUGGAUUUGGGGCUUUUGGAAAGUAUACUGAUCAGCCACAGCAUCAUAGUGUAUGUCCCCCUUGUGCUGUCAAAACAGCUGUGAUGCAUCAAGGCAGGGACUCCACAAGACCUCUGAAUGUGUCGUGUAGUAUCUAGCUUCAUGACACGAGCAGCAGAUCUUUUAAGUUCUGCUAGAUGCGAGGUGGGGCCUUCAUGGUUUGGGCAUUUUGUUCCAGCACAUCCCACAGAUGCUCAACUGCAUGACCCAUGAUUCUGAUGCUUUUUUUACUGGCUGUCCUUCCUUGCAGCACUUUGUGUAUGUCCUAAUAACUGCAGGCUGGAUACACCCCACAAGACUUGCUGUUUAGGAAAUGCUCUGACCCAUCGUCUAACUAUCACUAUGUGGCUCUUGUCAUAGUCACUCAGGUCUUUUCGCUUGCCCUUUUUUUCUGCUUCUAGCACAUGAAAUUCAAGAACUGAUUGUUCAUUUGUCGCCUAAUACAAGUGGCAUUGUAACAAUGUAAUCAAUGUUAUUCGCUUCACCUGUUAGUGGUUUUAAAGGACCACUAUAGUGCCCUGAGGGUGCCCACACCCUCAGGGUCCCCCUCCCGCCGGACUAGAUGGAGAGGAAGGGGUUAAACUUACCACUUUCUCCAGCGCCGGGCGGGGAGCUCUCCUCUUCGGCUGUAUGCGCAUGCGCGGCAGGAGCUGCGCGUGCAUUCAGCCAGUCCAUAGGAAAGCAUUCAGAAUGCUUUCCUAUGGACGCUGGCGUCUUCUCACUGUGAAAAUCACAGUGAGAAGCGCGGUAGCCCUCUAGCGGCAGUCAAUGAGACAGCCACUAGAGGCUGGAUUAACCCACUUAUAAACAUAGCCGUUUCUCUCGAAACGGCUAUGAUUAUAGAAAAAAGGGUUAAACCUAGCUGGACCUGGCACCCAGACCACUUCAUUAAGCUGAAGUGGUCUGGGUGCCUAUAGUGGUACUUUAACGUUGUGAAUGAUCAUUGUAGGCAAUGUUGUUUUGAUAGACUUAAACGUGUAUUUGUGUAAUGUGUGACACCCUUGGUCAUUAUACAAUACGGUGAUCAUUUGUUAUAAAAUUUCAAGUCCGGGGCGGGGCCUGACAGCCAACCAAGCUGAACGCAUGGGACUAGAGCUCCUCUGGAAAUACAGCUAAAAACUUGAAUUUCAGAGUGCAAACUUGGGGGUCGAUGGCUGCCGCGCUUGAGCCUACAGCUUCUGAGGCCUCAUCAUGGCAGCCUUCCAGUGUGGAUCCACUUCUACAGAAGUUCAACCAGUUAUGCGAGCUAUUAUUUGAGACUCUAAGUAGCCGCGUGCUUCCUCGACUGCCCAUAGGUCGGACUGAAACCUCACAGGUCCCGACUUCCCCACAGUGCAGCAAAGUGAGACCUCAUUUGGAUAUACCCGCAUGGUGUUGCGGAGCAGGACACCCAACAGACCGCGUCCAGUGACUAGGUUCCGGCAACCCAACUCUCAAGCUAGCACAUACCUACCUGAACGACUUAUUGCACGAGGAAUCUCAUCAUUGUAUGACAUCCAAUGGCAGCGAGCAUCGAUGUCUCUCCCAGGACGCUCACCGGUCACAGCAAUGAGUUCUGGACCUGUUUAGACCACAGGAAGCAUUGUAUGGGCGAGUGUGGUGGCUGAAGUGCAGUGGGGCAUUCUGCUCAUUUUGUAUGGACUCAAGCACCACAAAAUACAUUCCUCCCUCUAAGGGCAUCGGCUGAGCAGGCUAUGCUCCUUAUGUACAGAAAAAUAUAUUUCACUAUAUCAUUGCUAGAGUUUGAUCAUAUGUCCUGCAGUUAACCUCUCCAAGCACAAAAUAUGCUGUGGGUUGGACUCUCAGCUCUUAUGCCCUAAUUGAUCCUGAUCACAUGGUUGUUCUUACCUCUUGUACACUGUUUAACUAUUCAGCAUGUCGCACCCUUUCUUUGUUUAAUAUGUUGGAGCUGUUAUUCUGCACUGCAAAAAUAAAGAAAUAUUAAACAAAAUUCAAGUCCUGCGCUGCUAGCCCAGCGUUAAGUUACUUCCCAGUUUUGAGUGGAAAUUUAAAGCCCUCUAACAACAAUUUUAUGUUUUAAGAUCCACAUAAUAUAUGUAGUGUAAUUAAAACAAAACACUCUGGCACAUCAACUCCUGUUCUAAAUAAGUUAUUCCACAUUUGAAACCAAUGCUGUAAUGCUAUAUUUUCAGAAAACUGUGUGUGGUGGUUUGAUUAAAGGAGGCAUUUUAAUCAUGAGUUAAUAGUAUGUGGCAAAUGUUUUGUUUUUGUUUUCUUUUUUUAUUUUUCUCACCUCUGAGUUUGAUUUGUUUUUUUCAGAUGUCUAUUACCCGUCUCCGUCAGUUUCACGUUUCAUCAGACCUCCAUCUUCUGCCCCAGAGCAAGCCCAAACCUAUUUGGAUCAUUAUGCCCCCUACUUACCGGACAGGGUGGUCAGUAGCCAAUAUGGCACUCCUACCCAGCAGUAUCCUCCCAUGAGUCAGCCAAUGUACCCUCCACACUAUGAUGGGCGUCGAGUUUAUCCUUCUAAUGCCCAGUCUUAUCAAAGAGAGGAACUGGUGCGUGCAAGUCCAGUGCCACCUACUGCCGUGUCUCCAUAUGUGCCAGAAGCCAGAGAGAGAUACCAGUCUGUAGAAGGCUACUAUCCAGUAUCUCCACACCCACAAAUAAGACCAUCAUAUCAUAGGGUAUGUUUUUUCCACAGUACUUUGGGGAAUCUCCGUUUAGAGCUGGAAAGUGUGCUGUAAAUCUUCUGCUAAUGUGAGCUAAUUUUGCAAAAGCUUUUAUUAAAAUUUGUAAUUCUAUUGCAUUUUCUUAAGGGGAUAGACACAAACGUAUUAGAAUGUUUGACCUUUGUAGGAAGUGCCACUUUCCUUCGCCCUGCUUACCAGGAUUGAAGUGCCUCUUUCCUUUGCCCUGCUUACCAGGAUUCCUGGCCCACUCAUGUAUCUAGUUAUGACUAAUCCUAAUGUGUUCAUUUUUCAUUAAGACGGUUUAUGGAAAUUGACUAGUUUAAUAGGUGUGUGUUUGCAUUAAAUUUUUCAGCCAUUGAAUGGCCACAGCACUUUGGAAAAUUUCCACACCCUAGAAAAAUCAUUAAAAGCCCACCAUGUUUUGUAUUUAUAUCAGGAUGUUUUUUUUAUUGUGUAAACCGUAAAUAACAUGUUUUAUAAUAGUUUAGUAUUUAAAAAAUGCAGAAAUGAGACCUAACCGACCUAUACAUUUUAAAUUUCAGGAGCACUAUAACUUGCCUCCUCAGCACCCAUCUCAGCCUCAUCCUAGCCUAGAUGACCUUCACCGCCGUCGUAGGGAGAUCAUGGCUCAACUAGAGGAAAGGAAAGUGAUCUCUCCUCCACCAUUUGCACCAUCACCUACACUUUCCCAUCCCUUCCAUUCAGAUGAGGUAAAUUGACUCUAGAGAACUGCAUGGAACAGACUAGCAUGGCAGAUAAGGAAUCAUGAUUAGACGUCCUAAACAGAAAAGAGAGAGUAUAAUAUUUAUCUCCAUAAUGUUAAAAAUAAUUAAUUGAUCCAGCCCUCCGCUGUGUGCUUUUUAACAUUUAUUUGGAAAGAGUGGGAGAUCCUUUUUUAAAUUUUCUCGUAUUGCAAACAACUUUUGUUUUAUCAGAUGCUUCUAAAUAGCAUGUUUAUGUUAUUCCUUGGAUCUGCAAAUCAUAUCUUAAUUUGUGUAGUUUUGCACUCAAAACCUUGUGUAGCAUUUACAUCCUUGGUUCAUUUGAUCUUAAUGGUUCACUGAAAAAUCCACUCAUGUGAGAAACACGAAUGCUGUGUGUUCAUCUUAAACUUGUUUGUAACAUGUUAUGAAUGUUCCCAAUAUUAUCUUUGUGGCUGGCUGUUAAUGUGUGACAUGCUGCGUGAACAAACUGAGACUGCUGCUAAGUGGCCACAAUUUGUGGAUGCCAACAAAAUAAAUUUUAUUUAUUGCAUCCUUUGUUGAAAAUGAAAUUCAGUUUUGUUGUUUUCCUAUUUCCUUAGUACCUUGAUGAGGACUUGAAAGUAUCUGGAAAGUACAAAGGAAAUGACUAUAGCCAGUACUCUCCCUGGUCUUGUGACACCAUCGGCUCCUAUAUUGGAACCAAAGACGCCAAACCCAAAGACGUUUCGGCAGGAGGCAGCAUGGAAGUAGCAGUAAGUGGAAAUAGAAGUCAGAGGACGGUACUCUUCUCUAUUCAUUGUUAGUCAUUUGUGGCCAAAAUAAUGUCUGUUUGAAUAAAAUGUUUAUAAUCUUUGAUGCUGAUGGUUGUUCGCCACACCUACUGUUGUUUUUAAUGUUUUUUUAAUAUUAUCAGUAGCCAAACCUUUAGAUUUGAAUGCUUUACAUGUAUUUCUCGUGCAGACUCUUUGUGGUCCCACAGGUUUUUAAAAUGCAUCUUCUCCUCUGCUGAUUUUAUCUUGUGGUUCAGGAAUCCAUUUUUAAGAGUAGCACAGGUCAGCUCAGAUGAUGAUUAUUGGUAAACCGUGUCCAGGUAGAAUAGAUUAACCUCCACUUAUUUAAAGGAACUCUAAACAACAUGAGCUUAAUAAAGUGGUUUUGUUGUAUGGAUCAUGCUCAAUUAUCUGCCAUUUAUGAAUCAAGUCACUUCAUCUCCCCUGGCUGUGACUCACAUGUCUUCCCUACACAACUCUUGAAAAAAAGCUCAAUUUUUAAAACAUUCUUUUAUUGUACAGUGUGUUUUCAUUUAGAAUGUCUUACCUCCUGCUUUAAUUGCAUGCUACAAGCAACAGCUGCCUCGUGUGUGAUUGAAGUUUAAUGGACAGAACAGGAGAUAAAAAUGUCUAAUGUUAACAACCCAGCGCUGUAAAAAUAAAACCUUUUUAAUGGAGAUUGUUAGUCAAUGCCAGGGUAGGUAUGGCUAGGGCUACAGACACAAGUAAUGUAACUCCUAAAUGUCAGAGAAUUGAACAGGGGCAUGAUCUAUACACUAAAAGUGCUUCAUUAAGGUAAAGUUGUUUUAUUGCUUAGAGCAGGGGAAGGCAACCUGUGGCAUUACUGAUGUUAUGGACUACAUCUCUCAUAAUACUCUUGCAGUUAUAAUACUGGUAAAGCAUCAGGGGAGAUGUAGUCCACAGCAUCUGGAUUGCCUGCCCCUGGCUUAGAGUAUACCUUUAAUUUGUAUUUCUUUUAUUUGUUCCCUUUCCUGUAGUAAAUUACACCCAAACAUCAGUAGGUCCCUGCAAGGCAAGGUUUGUGAUAUUGUGUUUGUUGUGACUUCUUAAUAUAACUAAAAUAAAGAAUAUGCAUUUUACUCAGGGAUUUCCUGAACCUGCCAAUCUUUUAUUGUGACUGAAUUUACCUUAUAUAGAAAUUAUAAAGCAAUCCAGGAACCAGGUUUCCUUAAAUUACAUAAGAAUGACAAUUGGUACAUAAUGGUCAAGAUGGUGCCUGAAUCUUAGUAUAAACCAUGCCCUCUGGUAAAUCAAUACUGGUUUGCAUUGUCUGUGUCUUUUCUACAUAUUUGAUAUGUAUCCUCUUACCCAUAACUCCGAAAUCAUCAUCAUCAUUAAAGAAACACUAUAGGCAAACAAACAUGUAUUCCUGAUACUAUAGUGUUACAAUCACUAUAUAGUCCCCCUAAAUAUUGUAAAAUCCUACUUUUAUUCCAGUCUGCUGGUGCUGGCUCUGCCCCUGAUCUGCUUGUUUGGCUGACAUAAUCAGAAGCAAUUAUCUCAGCCAAUCACAAUGCUUUACCAUAGGAAAGCAUUGUGAUUGGCUGAGAUUGUCAAUUCUGGUGGAUGAUCUCAGCCAAGGAGGCAGGCCUGGGGGUAGAACAAAACAUCGCCCUGGCCAAUCUGCAUCUCCUCAUACAAAUGCAUUGAAUCAAUGCAUCUAUAUGAGGAAAGUUUAGUGUCUCCAUGCAGAUGGUGGAGACAUUGCAUGUGCAGCACUGUCCCAGGAAGCACCUCUAGUGUGGCCACUGGAGGUAUCCCUAGGCUGCAAUGCAAACACUGAUUUUUCUCUGGAAACCGUGUUUACUGCAAAAAGCCUGCAGGGGUAUGGUAUACGCACCAGCACAACUACAUUAAGUUAUUAUUGCCAUUUAUAUAGCGCCAACAGAUUCCGUAGCGCAUUACAAUAUUAUGAGAGGGGGGAUGUAACUAUAAAUAGGACUAUUACAAGAAAACUUACAGGAACAAUAGGUUGAAGAGGACCCUGCUCAAAUGAGCUUACAGUCUAUAUGAGGUGGGGUAUAAGACAUGUUAGGACAGGAAAUAUCAAUCAAAUAGUGUGGGAGUGAAGCAGAGCUGGAGGAGAGAGUAGGGUGCUGCCCUGUAGGAGAGAGCAAGAGACAGGUAUGUAAGGUAGAGUUUACUCUGGGAGGCCAUAAGCUUUCCUAAAGAGAUGGGUUUUAAGGCACUUCUUAAAGGAUUGAAGACUAGGUGAGAGUCUGAUGGGGGUAGGCAGGCUAUUCCAUAGGAAAAGUUGUAGUUGUUCUGGUGACUAUAGUAUCCCAUUAAGAAAUAUAGUACAAUUUAUAGAAAUAAUGUUUGUGUUUUACAGUGUACAAUGUUUCAGACUUGGUCAUUCUAAUUCAUAAUUAUUUAAGAACGCAAAGGUUCCAAAGACUUGUUCUCAGUACGUUCAGUAUUUUAGUUUCUGAUUUUGAUGUAUUUGUUGUUGGCAUUAUUGUAGCUUGUGUAUUUAUCAAAACCUACUUUAGUUUUUUGCCAUGUGGUUUUCAAUAAGCACUGAGCAUGGUCUCACACCAAGUAAACUUAGCCUUUUCAAAGAAAAUGGAGUAUUGCGUGAAAAUAAGUAAUUUCAUUAUUUUAUUCAACAGUGUAAUUUCCAGAGACGUUCAAUUAUAAGUAAACUGUCUUUUUUUAAUUUAUUUUUUUGCAGAAUGUUGAAAGCAAAGCCCUAAGGGACCAGCGAAUUGAGCUACAACGCAGAGCAACCGAAGCGGGGGAGGAUGAUCUCAUACCCUUUGGUGACCGACCCACAGUGUCUCGCUUUGGUGCCAUUUCCCGCACCACUAAGACCAUGUAUCAGACACCAGGACCCAUGCAGCCAACACUGGCCUCCCAAGGUGCUGCUGCCAAAUCCAGCAUCUCUGGUAUGUUUACAAUACUAUAUAGAAGGGAGAAGAAGUAAUUUAUGCAAAACUAUCUAAUUUCCUUUUAUAAUUUUUUUUUAAUUCCUUUUUCCUUAUGCUAGUACGCUAAUAGUGAGUGACAUCUGUUAAUGUUUUCUUACGGCAACAUAUAUGCCUGAUAAACUCUUUUGUAACCACUUCCCCCUUAACAUUUAUACACAUGCUUUCAUAUUGCAUUGCAAAGCCUAUCUAGCUUAAAGAAUCCCCUUAUCUUUCUCUUCAUCCUAUCGUUGCACAGAAACUAUAUCUAGUGCUCAGACAAUCAAACUGGUAAAUGGACCACCUCACUUCUGCACAUUCUAAAGGAUUACUUGUGAAUGAAGUUCUGUUUUUUUUGUUUGUUUGUUUUUUAUUUAAUUUGAGUACAUUCUUUGAUUUUUUUUUUAUUUUUUUUUUAAAUCUUUCCAGAAUACAGUUUAUAUAGUAGUCCCAGCAGUUUGGGAUCUCCUCAGUACCCACACCAUCAAAACAUUUCUUCUCAAGGACAUUUGAGUGAGAGGUAAGAACCACGUAAAAAUGAAACUUGAACCCAAUCCCUUGUUGAUUCUUGUGGGCCUUUGCGUUCCUAGCCACUAUUUUAUUUAUUUUUAUGCUAUAUAUAUUUUGCAGAUAAGGUGCUUUUUGCAUUAAAAAAAAAAUUAAAAAAUAAAUAAAAUAUAUAUAUAUAUAUAUAUAUAUAUAUAUAUAGCAAUUUUUGAAAACAUGGCUAUCACCUAGUUCACAAAUAUUUAUUCUUGAAAUGCAUGUAAAGAGUUUCCAAUUUUAAGGCUUUUUAUAGUAGUAGACAGCCACUAGGUGCGCUUCCACAAAAUAGCAGAGUAAAACUCUAUUUUAAUCAGAUGGUCUCAGAGAGCACAGUAUUUUGUUGAGAUAAUCGAGUGGAUUGUGAUGCAGUUUAUCAAAUUGGAAUGCUCCGUAUCCUUGCAGAGAAAGAAUGUCCAAACCUUCACCUACAUCUGAUAGAGAACAGCUAAGGAUGGAACUUCAGCAGCUGAACCAGCAAAUAAGCCAGCAUACACAGAUGCGUGGCAUUGAUGUAUGUGUAUUUUUUAUGUUUGAUUUGUACUUUUUAAAAUUAUUUUGUGUAUAUUUGUAUGUUCUUUAUGUGCUUAUGUACAUUUUGAAAAGGUUUGCUGUAGUCUAAGUUUUCAUGCCAUCGAAUUACUUCUAAUACAUGUGUCUGCAAGAGUCUCAUUCACACGUAUUGAAUGCAGUGCAGGAAUUUUGGGGGUUUUUUUGUGGCAUUUCUCUCAUUCGUCAUAAUAGAUGCAAAAUAUAAAAUUUAGAUAAUGCCUGAAUGCUCUGUAAUCGUUCUUCAGUUAGGAUCAGUCAGGAUGUGCACGCUGUUGCAGGAUCACUGGUUACUGGCACACCUUUUCUCAGUACCACCACAGCAAAAGAAACCCUUUUAUAGAUUCUGCUAGCUAUGUGGAGCCAUCUAGUGUCCCUUACAUUGAUUUUAAAAACAAAAGAGCUUUCCACUGCCUUAUGCAGUGGUUUGCUGUCAGUGACCGGAGCAGCUUAUUUUCUUUGUGACAAAAGUAUGGAGGCUCGCUGGCAAGAAGAAAAAAAAAAAAGAAUUGGCAUGUCUGUCAAAAAGUACCUGCUCUGCCUCACCUGGCCCUUAAAACAUGUGUUCUUACAAUCUUAUAUGUAUAGACUGCGGGUAACCGCUUGCUGCUGCAGAGAGAGACAUCUUCACUUGGCAGUCCACAGCAGCCGCCCCCUCCACCUCCAGCCAAGUGGUCCUCCGGUAUGUUGUCCAGUGAACAGCUGAGCCGUGAGCUACAUCAAGUAGAGCGUGAGAUUGGGAAGAGGACCCUUGAGCUUAGCUUGGUAGGUGCAAACAAAAUGUUUGAACGAAUGUAGUGUGCCCUGUUGCUAGUCCAUUUGAUUUUAUUUCAGUUGUUAUAUUCUGCUGAAUGUGAAGGAACUGACUACAGAUAUGGUAGCUAAGUGAUAUAAUGAUCUGUUGACUUUUUUUUUUGUAGUUUUUAAAGUAUUAAAAUCAAAGUUUAAUGUUUUUUAGAGGGUUUUGCUGCAAUGGCAACAUGUAUUUGACCUAUAGCUGCUUACUUCUUGUAUCCUUUGGCGGUGGGUUAGAAUUAAAGGAACACUCCAAGCGCCAUAACCACUUCUGCCUGAUGUAGUGCCUAUGAUGCCAGAAGUGCCAUGGAGCUGUUCCAGUUUAAUUUGUCAAACUGUUUUCACAAGUUACCUGAAUCCCACUGCCCCUUCCGUUGGAUUCUCCUUGCAGUGGAAACCGAUUGGUUCUCCUGAGCUAAUUGGGGCCAUGCUCAUUGGCUGAGAGAGCAGGCUGGUAUCAGCUAUGCAUAGCAGCAGAGAGACAUCAAGCUUCUCCAUCAGAAGAUCUGAUUUGUUUCAAAACAGUUUGACAAAUUACUCUGGAGCAGCACAGCAUCACAGCACAGUGGGCACCAUAGAUACAACAGUGGCUGUUUUUUUCAAAUGUUUCUUUAAUAAAGCCCAUUAAAACUACAAAUUGGGCAUUUUUUAUUAUCCGUAAUGAAUUAGGUUAGUAUGUUACAUUUGAUUAGGAAAGUGUUAAUCAUCAAAGUAGUUGAAACGUGAAGCUAAUUGGUGUAUACGUCCUAAUUUGCUGAUCUGUUUGCACUAUAAACUAUUGGAAUUUUAUUCACCUAUAUCACAUUGCUUCCACUAGAAAACCAACAAUCAGCCUUGUUAAAUUGACAAUUAGUUUGAUUCGACAAUUAUUGAGUACAUUUUCUCUUUCCCCUUGCCUGUUUCAUAUCCCUGUAAACAUCAGUCUUUUGCACAGAUUGAUUUAUUUAUUAUGGCCAGGGUGAAUUUAUAACUAAACAAGUCUGCAGCUAGGAGUUUCCAUUUUCUUGUCUAUUCACUGCUGCUAUUUUCCGUUAGAUAGCUAGGUAUAUACACCUAAUUAUAUAUACACCAGUAUGGUAAGACAUGUUCUCUGUCUGUUUUCAAAGGAGAGUCAUUCUCUGGGUAUGAAAAACAAACAGGAUGCCAUCAAAGUGGAGAAUGGGCAGCUGGAGCAACAAGCCAAGGUUCUGCCGCAUGACCUCCCGCUGACAUUCAGGUAGUUUUAGGACACAAAUAAAGCCUAAGUCAUUGAUGCUCAGUACAGGUAUUGAGAUGUGUCACCAAAUAUUUUAUCUUAUUAACUAUUUAUUUAAAAAAAAAUAGGAUUACGUUCUGUAAAAUACAGGGUGAUUAAAACCGUAACUAUUUGAAGGGUUGCUCGAAGCAUCAUGGCCACUUCAGUGAUUGGAAGUGGUCAUGGUGCUUGGGUUUGUAUGUGCAGCAUUUUAGAUUAAACAAUGCAUCUACAGAGAUAUUAAAUGUUUUUGUUGGAGGCAUAACACCACCUCUGGCAAUAUCAUCCAAUCCAAAGCGAGAAGUCUAUGCUAGUUAAUGUCAAUUUUGUGCAUAUUCUGUCAUUCAUUGGCUGAGAGAGCUUGGUUGACACUCUCAGCCCAUGAAUGGAUGGUGGGAUUGACAUCCAUCACCAUGUAUCUGCGGGACCCAGGUAAGAUGGUGUAAACCAUCGCAAAGCGUUUUGCCCCUUUACCGUAGAAUGGUGCUAGCAAGCUGUAGUGGUUAUGCUGCUUGGAGUAACCCUUCAAGAUGAGGCAUGUUGAUUAUUGAUGCAAUUAAUAUAGUUUUAGGUUCAAAAUAUAGAUUAAGGAUUAAAAUAGAUUAUGAAUUCAAUGGUUUGUUUAUAUCAGCAGACACCCUUUUAUAGUUUUUGGGGAGGGAAGGGAUGGUUUUUGCAGGACCCAAACUGUAGAAUUUUUCAAUGACUGCAUAAAAUAACUUUAUAGUUUUGCGAUGAUUUUAUCUCAACCUAUUAUAGGGUUGCUUCAACCAAAAUAACGAUUGUGUCAUGUGACUCUCCCUCUCUUAAAAUAAUUUUAAAAAUUAAAAAAAUAAAGAAAUGGAAUAAAGGAAAAAACAUAAUUAUUUUUAUCCUGGCUCAGCCCAGUCCUCCUCCGGCGUUGUCAUUCUGCCUCACUGGCGGUGGUAGUCAGGGGAAAUGGACUGUGGGGUUGGGAGGAAAAGGAGGCACACCGUUGAUCAUAUGUCACCAGUGUGCUGACAACACGCCAAAUAUGUAGAGAAUUGACAUUAGCCAUCCCAGGCUUUAUCUCUUUAUGUGCAGCAUUUCUCAGUGAAACACUGCACAAACAAACUCCAAGCAGCAUGCUCACUUCAAAUCACUGAAGUAGUCAUGGUGCUUGGAGUAAUGUAAAAUCUUAACGGUUUUUGAAUUAUGGCUUCAUCCCCAUCGCACAUCUUUUAGGACCUCUCUUCCUGGAUCUCAACUGAUUUUAAUAGAGAAAAGCGUAUCUACUCGUAAAUAGCAAGGGUAUAAUCUGUCCUAAAGAUAAAUUCUUGAAAGCCCCCUCUGGAAAUAGUGAGUAGAAAAGCUAAUUCGUUAUUUAUUUUCCCACCAAAAAGAAAACACAAAUUUGCCUUUUACAAUAUGGAUGGAGAUUAUGUGUAAAGAGCGUUUUUGAAUGAUUGUUCUAAAAGUGGGGAAAUCGACAAGAAAUGUUUUUCUUUUAUAAUAUGGGUUUUAGACGUCACUGUCGUUUCAUAUUCAUUGUUUAACUGCAACUUUUCUCUAGCUUAAUUACAAAGCAGAGAAGAAAAUAGUUUAGAAAAAAGUAUUUUCCUAUUUACUAUAUUGUUUUUCAUGUAAUUUUUUUCCCCUCUCUUCUUUUUUUUUCCUUCUUUCAGCAAUGAGGUGCCAAAUGGAUCAGGUCUGGCCCAGGACAUCACCUUAAUGUCUAACAAGACUGCUUCACUGAAUCUUUCAGAAGAUCCUCAGUCUGGAGGGGACAAGAACGAUCCCCUUAGAACUGGAGUCAACUCUACUACUGCUCCAUAAAUAGCGAGGGCUUUUACCCACAUUCUUGACCCUUUAAAAAAAAAAAAAAAAAAGUUUAUUUGAAGGUGUUUUUGUUUAGUGGGAAGCAGACAAAAAAGUGUAAGAGCGUCUUUGUCUUUAAUUAUUAUUAUUAUUAUUUUUGAACAGCCCUUUUGUUUUUUCUGGAGAGAGAACUGAGCGGUUAAGGGUUGUCAACAGUUGGUGACUAGUUUAGUGUUCUAACUUCAUAUGACCCGUUUUGGGGGUCAGUUAUGGGAGAGAUCUGUGACUCUUGCCUUCCUGUUCCCUCUCCUGAAGCAUGAUCGACUACAUAUAUGAUGUGCAUUGAAAACACCACUAGUAAGAACAAGCUCUGCACAUAUUUUCACAUUAACACAUUUUUUUAAUAAAAAGAAAAAAAAAUUAUACGGAAUACAAAAUAUAUAUAAAAAGACACAGAUGAAAAUUAGCAGUAUCUGCAAGCAAUUCAAGAUUAGUUGUUUUUGUUCUGUGAAUGAACUUAAUUUUAAUACCUUUUGAUGCCUUGGAUGCAAGGCUUUAAAGACAAAAAAGGAAGAUAUUAUAUAUAUAUACUCUGUUUGAUUAAUUGUACGAUCUUAUUGCUGUAGAUUACAUUUAUUUUUUCUUGUUUUAUUAGGAUGGUAUUACAUAGCCAGGUCAGCAUUGGCUGCUUCCCAUUCUCAGCCAUGGGCACAACUGCGUGGAUGAUGGGAGAUUUUAACUUCCUGUCCAAACGGUUUCACCUUACGCAUUCUGUCAUAUUUUAUGACAGUCCUCUGCUUGUAGCAUUGCCCAGUUCAAGGAUUCAAUAUGGGGUAGUAGAUAAAACCCUCAAUUCCUCUUAGAAAUGCCAUAUUUAAAAGAAACAAACAAAAACAGUCUUCUUCCAGGCAUUUUGCAUCUAAUUCUUAUCCUUACUAUUUUAUUAUAGUGAUAUGUCAAAGAAAUGGCUUUAUUUUUGUUUUGCCACCCUUAAUAUCCUGUUGAUACACAGAAAGGUGCAAGAUGUGCAUAAUCAUGUAGUGACAUCAGGACAGAUUCCAAGCAAAAAAAAAAAAAGAAAUCAUUGGUAAAUAUUUAACUCAGUGUUAAAUGAAAACACUAAUUUGGAAAUGUCAUAGUUCUCCACGUAUCUUGGGUUCCAGGGUCACUUUGACAUCAGUAAGACUGAUCCUCUCUUAUAUAUUUUUGCAAGGCAGAGAACUGGCUAUGUAAUAUCGUCCCACAUCGUUAUGGUGGGGUAAAAGCGAGAAUUAAUUCCUUUUUGUUCUUGUAUUUUCUUAGUGUUUUUCGUUGUUUAUUAUUUUUUCCCCUUCUCUACGAUUUUUCUUAAUCUUUAACUCUUGCUGGGUCAGUGUCCGCCUCAGCGUUACGUUCUGCGAAUCCUAUUUUGAAAGAAUUUCUAAAGGAAAAUUUUACAGUACACCUACCUUUUUUUAAGGUGGGAAACAAAAAUAAAUAUGGGUUUCAGGUUCCUCAUUUGCCUACCAGUUGAGGUUUCCAAACUGAUGGUGCCUCGAUGUAAAGCACCUGUUUAAAAAAAUUUUUUCUUUCUUAUUGCCAAGAAGUGGCGCCGCGUUUAAUAUACUGUUUCACAUUGAAUUAAAUUGAACGUUUCGGACCUGCUGGUCACACAUUUGAUAUUUACAUAUAUUGGCUUGGAGUUCAAGCUAACUCUUUUUUUUUUUUUUUUUUUUUUUUUUUUUUUUUUUUUCUUUUAUUUAAAAAAAAAAAGAAGAUACCACAGAUAAUAUAUAAAUAUAUAUUUAUGUGUGUAGAUAUAUAUAUAUAUGCAUGCAUACAUAUAUAUGAUGUUUUAAGGGUUAAUUUUUUUCCCUUUUGGUAGAGUGCAGCUGUAGGAUGUACGGAAUGUCUGAAUGCUACAUUGUGAAAGUGAGCCAUUGCACAAAGUAGAGGUCUGAUGCAGAUUUUAAAUCCAUAGGAGUACCAGGGAAGGUUCUUGGUGAUCUGUUGACAUAUAAAGUUACCCUUUUAGACUUGGUGCUGAGUCUUUGUUGUCUUUUGUCUAAUCGUGUCUGCUUUUCUUUUGUACUGUCUCACUAAUGCUGUGGGGCCCUUUGUCUUAGUCAACACCUUAGAUUUUAGAUUCAUCAUCACCUUAAAUGAUGGCAUUUUGAUUUCUUGAUCUUUUUUCCAGAUCAUCCUACUUAUAUUUAUUUCUAUAAUCAAAUGUCUUCUCUCAAAAGCUCUGAACUAUUUGACAAUUCCAGCAGUGUGCAGUACUCAUCUCAGUUAAAGGUUUACAUAUAUAAAUAACCAGUAGUUUUAAAUACAGUCAGCCCUUUUAAGUCUUCAUAGAUGUUGGUUGUAGCUAAAAAUGUAAUGCCUCGGUUUAUUUUAAUCAAGUAAUUAUACUUCCCACCAUAACAGCUAAAAUCUCCCAUAGCCUCAAAGCGCAUAGCACAGCAUGAUGCAUCACCCCAACCGAUGAUUUGUUUUUAUUAACAGUUCUGCUGUGAAUCUAAUAUAUAUAUAUUUUUUUUUUCUUUUCAUAUUCUAACUAUAGAGACAAAUGGGCAGACUACACAUGUAGUAUUUUAAAACACAAUUGCUACAAGCCUGUCACAUCUUAUAACAAAGCGUGACUUGUAGCUUGGAUAACGAUUUCUGCAAUUCUAUAAAAUCAUUAGCGAUAUAUGCUUAACAAUAGCAGCUCUCAUUGAUUUUGUAAUGAAGACUGUUAUGCCUUUAGUUUUUUUUUAUUACUCUUUUCACUGAAAAAUCUUAAUUAUUCAAAUCACAUUGACCAUGUAAAUAUUCAGCUAAUUUAGAAGGUUGUCACGUUAUUUUUAUUGCUAUAAUGGGAUUAUUUUGGCAGUCUGUUUUGCUUAAAAACAAUAUUUUCAACACCACUGCAGUUAUAAAAUACAUGUGAAGAUGUGAGACUGUUUAAAAAAGCUCCACAUAUAUAAAGGGCUCUUCUUUAUUAUGAAAACAAUCAUAUCUGUUGGAUUUUUGUUUGUUUUAUAUUUUUCUCUUUUGAUUGUAAACACAGUUUCUGCACCUUACCAUAUUUAUUGGGCAAGAAAUGCAUCCACCCACUUCAUUGUGCUUUGUGUUUUUCUUUCCUUGGGGCAUUGUGACAUAUACAGCUGAGGGAUUUAUGUAGUAAAAGGAAUUACAGGGACUCUCAACUAAAUUUGGAUCAAAAUUGGCAAGUUACAAGUUGCAAUUUUUAUGUUCUUUCCCCCCAACUCUGCUGUUUUGACCUACAUUUUCCAGCUCUGUCAAAUCUCCUCACUGUUUAGUGAAUCUGCUCAUAUGUAUCUUGGACUUGGCAACCAAGAGUGAUUUCUAUGUUGCCCUGCCAUAUAAUUACAAAUUGCCUUACCUUCCCAUCAGACCUCUACUCCUAUCAGCUGCCUCAUCGAAACAAUGAAGGAAAAAAAAAAAGAAAAUGAAAAAGCAUUCAGACGAAUUUGUUUAGCCAAUAACUUCUGUGAAGUUGCUGUUUUCUAAUGGUGUUAUAACUCGAUAAUGUACAAAAUAAAAAUGUAAAAACGCGGGGAAGCCUCUUAACUGGUAGGCAAUCUUAUACAACUGAUCUGGGGACAAAGUUUCACAAUGAAAGCCAGGGCACAGCUGUUCUGACCUGAGGGAGUCUAGAGUGUUGUGAUUGGUCUUUAAUUGUCUAUUUGAAAAGCGUUGUUGAACAUGUACAUGAAGGUUCUAUGUAUACCUGUUUUGCCAUGGAGGAAUUAAUGCCCUAAUGUUGUAUGGCUCUUGUCAAUGCUGGAUGUUACAGAGUUCAGCUACAUUGCAUAAUCAAUAGUGAACAGGUUGAAAGCUGAUUGCAUUGUUCAGAUCUGAUGUUGAAAGAUUUUAGGGUCUCCUUGCGUUUCUUGUUUUGGUUUCCCAAUUUUUAGUUUGAAUGCUUUGGUGCUGUUUUGAUGGAUCUCAGAUGCCAGUAUGAGAUAUCUUAAUGUCAUUUAACCCUAAGCUAAUGAGUCAUGGCUUUAAGAUUUUAAGACCUACGAGAUUAAUUUGAAAAACUAAAUUAGAUUUUGCUUCCAGUACUCUAUGCAACGUUGGCCAAAAUAAAUGAAAAGUCAUGAAAUUUCUCAGUGCACUCCAAUCUGCAGAUUAAAGCCUCCAUAUUCCAAGUGUGUGUUACUGGAUCAGACUCGUGUGGUCUUUGCAAAAAAACUAUCACAUCUCAAGAUGACUUCUUUGGUCAGAACAGCUAAUGUGCAUGACGCAAACCCAUCAUGCUUCUGCGAAAUGUCGGGCAUUUGACAGCUUGUAGUGAUCAAAUAUUUGUAGUCCCAUAAAUUUAUCUCUGUUACUAAACAGUUAUGAUGCAGGGUUUACAAGAAUUUAAACUGUUAACAUGAUAAUGACAGUGUGUGAAGUAAAGUCUGUUGACAUACGGUCUCUACUUGUGAAAGGCACACUCCAGUGUAUCCACACCGCUAAUACCUAUUUUUUUUUUCUUCUUUCUUUCUUUGAUCAGUGAGAGGUAAUCACACUCAUGCUGCUAUAUAAUGCAGUAAUGGUUUGUGGAGAAUCCAAAUUUGCCUCAUUCAUAGCAAGAGAAGACAAAACAACUAAGGUGUAUUUUUAUUUUAAUUUUAUUUUUAACCCCUUAAGGACCAAACUUCUGGAAUAAAAGGGAAUCAUGACAUGUCACACAUGUCAUGUGUCCUUAAGGGGUUAAAUAUGUAAGCCAUACAUUUAGAGAACUGCAAAACAAACAAAAAUCCAUGAGGCUGUAUCCAAGUGGAUUUUGCUCCUUCAUUCCUGGAGUAUCAAUUUAAUCCACUUUUGGACAGCUAAUUAAUCACAUUUACUUUUACACACUGUUGAUUGCUAGGAUUUGCCAGAAAUCUAUAAAAACACUGGCAUUAAUUUUCCAUCCAGGGUUUCCAUUAAUUUUUACAUGGGUGUUCUGGUACCCAUUCAUAUAGUCCUUGUUUGACUAUAGUCAUUGUUUGACUGAUUUGUAGCAGAAUUGGGCAUAUUAAUUGUAGCUGUGUGAGAGUAGACCUCUGAGAGGUCCCACACAGGACUCUUCCUAGUGUUUCAGCACCUCGGUUUAACUCUACUUGUUAGUAGCUAAAUCAUCCAAAAUUGUAUGAAGCGUUAACCGUGUGCCAUGCUACCAACAUGUGACAUCUUUUUGACAGCAAUAUGGAUCACCAUUUUGGAAUUUGAAUUCAGUAAUAGACAAACCGUUCAAAGCUAUCAGACUAUGAGAAUAAACAUUCUUCUCCAACACCAAGCUUUUGGUGGGCACAGUACAUUGCUUUAGAAACCCUGGUAGCAAGCCUUAUUGUUCGUUACUAGAUUGGAUCUAGGAAUUAAUUACAUGUGUAUCAGACACAACCUACUGUUUUUAAUCUGCAUCAUUAAAAAAAAAAACAACAAAAAUUCUGUGCUGUUUUGUCAUAGACAUGUUACUACUACUCUAGAUUUUUGGGACUUUUUUUUAUAUUUUCUUUUUGUACUCGUAAAGUUAACAAUCACAAAAGCUGACUGUGCCCUACAUUUCGACAGUUGUAGGACAUAACUUUAAACAAAAUUAAAUUUCUUUUCUUUCAGGCUGGAUUCAGUUUACGAUUAUUAUUAAUAAUUUCUGUUCUUCUGGCUCAUACCAGUCUUUCGGAGACAUUCUGCAGCUAUUAAUCACCUUUUUGGGUGGAGUUAACAGUUUUGUUUUGUUUUGUUUUUUUGUUUUAAUUUUUUUUUUUAACUUUUUAACUUUUUGAUGCAUUUUGCUUGAAAAAGAGCUUGUGAUAUUCACCAAUCUUAUUGAUUGUUCUGUGACUGUGCCCUGCAGAGGUUUAAUAAACAAAAUGAAAAAAAUA